GCGCAGCUGGAACCAGCAGUCAGAGAGCGCACUGCCACCGUGUCGGUUGUGUGCUCACAAGGGCCGUCCAAAGUGUUUACUGUCUGCGUCUGUGGUCCGUCAUCUGAUUUCUUUUCCGUGUUCUACAUUACUGUUUUACUGUGUUGUGAGUCGAGGCCGUAUGAACUGUCAGGCUGGAUCGAACCAGGAAGAAGAUUGAGGAAUCCAAGGAGAAAUUCCGCCGGGAGAUCCGCGAGUCCAAGGCCAAGAUGUUCACCAAAUUCACCAACAUCCUGCAGCAGGCGGUGGAGGCGCUCGCUCCUUCUCUUCCUCUGCAAGAAGACUUUGUGUAUCAUUGGAAAGCUAUUACCCAUUAUUAUAUUGAAACAACAGAUGAUAAAGCUCCUGUAACAGAUACAAACAUCCCAUCACAUCUGGAUCAGAUGCUCGAUAUUUUAGUUCAGGAAGAACAUGAAAGGGAAUCUGGGGAGACUGGGCCUUGUAUGGAGUACUUACUCCAUCACAAGAUUUUGGAAACGCUGUACACAUUAGGAAAAGCUGAUUGCCCACCUGGAAUGAAACAGCAGGUCUUGAUUUUCUAUACAAAGUUACUAGGAAGGAUCAAGCAACCCCUGCUACCGCACAUAAAUGUUCACAAACCUGUCCAGAAAUUAAUUAGACUUUGCGGUGAAGUUCUUACUGCCCCGACAGAAAAUGAGGAAAUACAAUUCCUCUGUAUUGUUUGUGCAAAAUUAAAACAAGACCCAUACUUGGUUAACUUCUUUCUUGAGAAUAAAUCUCCAAGAGAUGCAGGAAUUACAAACCCACGGCAAACAACGGGAGAUGUUGCAAACAAAACAGUCACAAACAGAGGUGUAUCGUCAGACAGUGAACAGGCCCAAUCUCUUGAAGCUGAGAUAAGUACUGGACUUUGCAGUGCCACCUGUGGAGCUGUAACCAGCCCCCUGGACAGCAGUAGUGGAUCAUCUCAGCAGACUACUGAUCUGUCUGCAUCAUUUAAUGAGAUGGUCCUCUCUCCACACAUAAUUGCUACAACUGAUCACUGUCAAAAUCAAGACUAUAACUUGGUGAAUUCAUUAAUAAAUCUGAGUAAAAGCCCGGACAGUCGAAUUGUUGUUAAAGCUUCUGAGGGUCUAAUGCUACUGGUUAGUUUGCCAGAGCCAGCAGCUGCAAAGUGCCUGACUGAGAACACUUCGCUGUGCCAAUUGCUAACAGAAAGACUGAGCAUGCUUUAUAGAGCAUUGCCACAGUCAAUAGAUCCCAUGGAUAUUGAAUCUUUGGAGUCUGUUAACUGGGGUUUGGAUUCUUAUAGCCAUAAAGAAGACGCCACAGCUUUUCCAGGAAAGCGACCUCUCAUCUCUUUCCUGUCUUGGUUAGAUUACUGUGACCAGCUGAUUAAAGAAGCCCACAAGGUCACUGCUGCUGCCUUGGCAAGAGCUAUCCGAGAGAGAUUCUUUGUCCCAGUUAUGGAACCUCAAUUGCUUCAGACAUCUGAGAUUGGUAUUCUGACCUCAAUAUCACUACUUAAUCGCAUCAUCCGUCAGAUCACAUCAAAUGCAAUGCUACAAGAGUUAGUUUUCUUCUUGUUAGGGGAACAGAGACAGCCCGAAGCACCUGGACAUAAUAAACAUCAGCUGCGGUGCCGGCUCAUAGAGCACUGUGACCAUCUGUCAGAUGAGAUCAGUAUAAUGACUUUACGAAUGUUUGAGCAUCUAUUGCAAAAGCCAAAUGAGCACAUUAUUUACAAUAUGGUGCUAAGGAAUUUGGAGGAACGGAACUAUGUGGAGAAUAAGCCACCUUGCCAAGAAGACAAGGAUAUAGUUGAGAAUGGACAAAUAGCAGGAGCAGUUGACUUGGAAGAAGAUCCACUUUUCACAGAUCUGUCACCUGAUAACAGAAUGCUGGGCUCCAACUGGCUAACUGCAUCCCCACCUCCAACUCCAGACCACAUAAAAACUGACGGGAAAACAGAAGUGCAUAAAAUUGUAAAUAGUUUUCUCUGUCUUGUUCCUGAUGAAGCAAAGUCAUCUUACUAUGUUGAAGGUACUGGAUAUGAUACCUACCUCAGAGAUGCACAUAGGCAGUUCCGGGAUUGUUGUGGUAACUGUAUGAGGUGGGACUGGCCAGGAACACCCAAACCGUUGGAGAAAUGUAACCUGGAGUCCUCUUUCUAUGAGGGACAUUUUCUAAAAGUACUAUUUGAUCGAAUGGGCAGGAUACUUGAUCAGCCAUAUGAUGUGAAUUUGCAAGUGACCUCUGUGCUUUCCAAGUUAUCUUUAUUUCCUCACCCGCACAUACACGAAUAUUUAUUGGAUCCUUAUAUUAACCUGGCUCCCAACUGCAGGUCUUUGUUUUCUGUUAUUGUAAGGGUGGUUGGAGACCUAAUGUUGAGAAUACAACGCAUCCCAGACUUCACGCCAAAGCUUUUGCUUGUCCGAAAACGUUUGCUAGGUUUUGAGCAAGAUGGGCCCAUCAUAGAUCAUAUGACCUUGCUGGAAGGCGUGAUUGUUUUGGAAGAAUUCUGCAAGGAAUUAGCUGCAAUAGCAUUUGUUAAAUUCCACGCUUCCACUGCAACUUAAUUUGCUGACUGGUUUCCACACAGGAGCAUCCCAUUACCACUUCAGUUUUACUGGUCAGCUUCCAUAAUAAAGCAAGUUUUUUGAAUAACAUGGACUACUGUGACUGCUAGCUGUGGAGUGCUGCCCGUCACUGUUUUAGAUAUGGAUGGAAAAAAGGGAAAGAUGUGCAAAAAAAUGGAACAAUUUGAUACACUUAUCCGAAAAGCUGAGAGGUUGGGUCUGAAAGGAAACCACUUCCUUAUGAUAGUCACUUUGCCUUGCAGGUGACUUGACUGCAGUAUUGGACAGAUGUUGAUUUACUAAUACAACAACAGUCUCGAUGUUGUGUAUGCUGAGUUUUACAGUGGGGCUGGUUGUGUCUCUACUGUCCCUUUUUAAAUCAUGAUGCAUUCUCUUACUGUUCUCAACACUUGGGAAUAGGUUGGGCAGAGGUCAAUAAUAGAAAUGUUUAUCAGUAUUUUAUCAAAUGAUUAUUUAAGUAAAGAAAGUUGGAAUGCUGAUUUGAAAUUAUUGUAUAUUGUGCCUUUGAAAAGGGCAGCAUUAAGUGUUAAGUCGUGUUUAUCUUUUGUCACUCUGUUCUCUUUCACCUCAACACUUUCAGAUAGUCUGGAAACUAUAGCCAUGUCACCAAUGGCCUUGUGUCCAUUCCAAGCCUAAGCCUUUGUGCUCACCCCAGGGAAUGGUCUGCAUCUGUAAAAGAGAAGUCCUAAGUAUUGUAUACUUGCACAGUUGGAGAGAGUGAUUUUUGUGUUUAUGACUAAUGCUCCACUUUUAAUUGUUUGCUAUUAACAAGUACUCGGCAAAGCUUUAAUGCUACAUUGAUUUGAAUAUAACAACACCACCCAGUAUUAAUAAAUCAUUUAAAAUAGUUAUCACUAAUUCUAAUCAACAAUACAGAACAAUAACUAGUAGAUGUCUAUAAAGUAGUAUGUCCUGCUUACUUUGAAAGUAAGCUAAAUCGUUAAUAUAAUUCACAUUGGAUAUCCAAUAUGAUAUGGUGUCAUUGUGCAAUAAUCCUUUAAAAGUGGUUCAUAACAAAAGUGGUUUUGUUAUAAAUUACACAUUACCAAAUAACUGUUCUGUAUUUGAGGUUUUUUUGAAAUUGUUAUUUGUGAUAUAUCAUUUCUGUUCUUAUUUUAAUACCGAAUAUUAACAUUUCACAGAUCUGACCACAUUUUCUGGAUGGUAGCAUUGAAUUUUCUUAAGGGAGUACUAGUUUUUAGUAAACAUUAGAUAUGUUUUUGCUUCUGUAAAUAACUGUUAUUUGGAAUGUAUUUGGUGUAUAGAAACCAAAUAUUUUGAGACUUCAUCACAUUCAAUGUCGGUCUUCCUUUUUCUUGUCAUGCGUGCAAUAUCAAAGCUGUAUUGCCUUACAUGCAGCUUAAGUGCAACACUUUUUUCGUAUAUAAGAAGGUCUUACAUAUUGAUCUGUGCUUGCUUCUAGUGUCACUGUUGAAUAUGGUAAAUGGGUUCAUAAACUGCCUAAUUUACAUUAAAAAUUCAUUUAUAAUUUUCCUAUUGAAGGGAUUCUCUUUAUAGCACAUUAUUUUGACAUGUUAUACUAUUGGGACUUAUUUCAGAUGAAUUUUAAUGUUGGUCUCAAGUGCAAGUUUAUUGUUAGCAUGGUUUUUAAUGUUUACAUUUUGGUUAGCUGUGACAGAAAUUCUGAUCAAAACUCAUCAUUUAGAACAAAGAACAGUUAAGCACAGGAACCAGCCCCACAAGGUUGUGCUGAACCAGCUAAAAAGCAAAUCAAAAACACUCAGGCACUAGUCCUUUCUACCAACACCAUGUCCAUAUUCCUCCAUCUUCUUUACAUCCAUGUGCUUACCAAACAUCUCUUAAAAGCCUUUAAUGUAUUUGCCUUUGCCACCAUUCUCUGAGUAAAAAACAACUUACCCCUCACAUCACCUUUGAACCUGUCCCCUCUCAACUUCAAUGCAUGCCCUGUGAGAAACAGAUACUCACGUAACCUAUUUUUUGCAUGUAACUCCCUAGCUAUCAGAGUAAAUCAAUAGUUUUUUUUUUAAAUUUUCAUCCUUUUUAAGCCUUAAUUUUUAACAUCACCUGCAUUUUAAUUAAAUUUAAUCUGCAACACUUGCAGAUUCUGCACUUCCUUUUUUGUUUAGCUCUGAAAGCUUUGGUAGUUUUGAUGUGAAAAUAUUGAACAGCAGAACUUUGUUGGUGUUAUGUGACCAUUAGAGCAGACUUCUUGAAGAACCCAUAACAAGUACACAUUUGAUUCAAUCAUUUGGCUUCGUGUUAAAUUUCUGUGACAUCUUUUUAACAUUCUGCAUUUUAGAUUAUUUAUUCUUUCAGUGAGAAGAACAUCGUCCAGAAGGCUGCAUUUUUUUUUAAGCUUUGUGAUGGCUUUGAAUAUAUAUGUUAGCAAUACUUCGGUGCUAAUUUGAAUCUGAAAUGGUAAUAUAUUUACUAGUUUUCACAAGUAAUGUUUUAAUAUGAUUCAUUUGUGUAAGCAAACCAUUUCAUUAUUAACUGCUGGUACAUUGUGGGUAAAUUUAAUUGAUGUUCUGACACUUGAAGCACACACACAUGUAGUAAAGUUACAUUUUUUUCCUUUU